AUAUUUAUAAAAAAAAAAGUAGAGAGAAAGGAGAAAAAAAGAGUAAAGAGUAGGUGUCUUGAAUGGAAGGAGGAGUGAAGAAAGAAAAGAAGAGCAGUGGGAGGAAAAAUUCAAAUUCAAAUUCAAGCAAUUUGAGUAAAAUAGAAAUAGGUGAAGAGUAUCCAAAUUCUUCAUCUUCAUCUUUCGGCCAAAAAUGUAGCAAUUUGGUUAAGAAACAGCGCACUAAAUUCUACAUUCUCCGCCGCUGUGUUGCUUUGCUUCUCUGCUCCCAUGACCGUCCCGACCGCCCUUGAUCGAUUUCCUCACCCGCCGCCGCAACCCCCGCCCCCGGUCUGCUUUUUUUCUUCAUUUUUGUUCAUAAAAACCAAUUAAACUCUCUUCCCCUUUUCUUCUUUUUUAAUUAAUAACAAUUCUCUCUCUCUUUCUCUUAUGAUCAAUAAUGUAACUAAUGAAUAAAUGGGUUUCUUUUCCCUCUUUA